UUCAUGGGUGUGGUGAUUAGCUUGCUUGGUGAAAAUUUUUAGUCUAAUCCGACCCGAGUCGCGCUCGCUUCUGUCGCUUUAAACCGAUUAAAUUGUCUUAAAAUUAACACGUCUGCCUUUGCGAUUCCUCUCACAGCUAGGACCAUGGUUGUCGUGUGAAAACGGACCGCUGUGACUCGGACUGGAAGCACGGAUAGAGCCAAAAAAGCCCGUUUCAGGUGUCAGCUGGUAAAGUGCGUGUGCGUGUGCGAGUGUGUGUGGGUGUGCGAGUGUGUGUGUGCGUGUGUGCGUGCAGGCACGUGUGUUUUCCCAGCCCAGUCAGUAUUUGGAGCGGAGUGUGGCCUGAACACUUGACAGAGGGACAAUGAGCGAGCUGGAACAGUUGCGGCAGGAAGCCGAGCAACUACGCAAUCAGAUCCGGGAUGCCAGGAAAGCCUGCAGUGACUCCACUCUGUCACAGAUCACAGCUGGUCUGGACUCAGUGGGCCGGAUACAGAUGCGGACGCGACGCACUCUCAGGGGCCACCUGGCCAAGAUCUAUGCAAUGCACUGGGGGAGCGACUCCAGGUUACUUGUCAGUGCCUCGCAAGAUGGAAAGCUAAUCAUCUGGGACAGCUACACGACAAAUAAGAUGCAUGCCAUCCCACUGCGUUCUUCCUGGGUGAUGACGUGCGCCUACGCCCCCUCUGGGAAUUAUGUGGCCUGCGGAGGCCUGGACAACAUCUGCUCCAUAUACAGCCUGAAGACCCGCGAGGGCAACGUGCGCGUCACCCGAGAGCUACCCGGACACACAGGUUACUUGUCCUGCUGUCGUUUCUUGGAUGACAACCAGAUACUGACCAGCUCCGGAGACACCACCUGUGCAUUGUGGGACAUAGAGACAGGCCAGCAGGCCACCACCUUCACUGGCCACACAGGGGAUGUGAUGAGUUUGUCUCUGAGCCCAGACUACAAGACCUUUGUGUCAGGAGCCUGUGACGCCACCUCCAAGCUGUGGGACAUCCGUGAUGGCAUGUGCAGGCAAUCCUUCACCGGCCAUGUGUCCGACAUCAACGCCGUCACCUUUUUCCCCAACGGGAAUGCCUUUGGCACAGGCUCAGAUGAUGCCACCUGCAGGCUGUUUGACCUGCGUGCCGACCAGGAGCUGAUGAUGUACAGCCACGACAACAUCAUCUGUGGCAUCACCUCUGUGUCUUUCUCCAAGAGUGGGCGACUGCUCCUGGCUGGCUACGAUGACUUCAACUGCAACGUCUGGGACACCCUGAAAGGCGAGCGUGCAGGUGUGCUAGCAGGCCACGACAACAGAGUGAGCUGCUUAGGGGUGACAGAAGACGGCAUGGCUGUGGCCACCGGCUCCUGGGACAGUUUCCUCCGGAUCUGGAACUAGACAAACCUCUUCCUCUUGUACUCAAUCACUGCCCGCCAACUUCCUCCCCGCAACCCCCCACCCCAACGUAUCCCAACUCAUCUGCUGGGCUGGACCUGAGGGGUGCACACUGUGUCAGCCAAUAUCCUCUCAACUCACCCCCCAGCUCUCCUCUCUGCUGGUGACCUGCCCACCUGUGAGAAAGUACCAACUCUUUCUACCUUUCCAAGUGACGUUUUUUUUCACCCAGCUAUUACACAGAAACAGAUAAGAACCUUUCAGUUGAGUUAUCCAAUCAAAAAACAAAAAAAAAAGAGAAAGAAAGGAUGAGUUAUGAAAAACUGAAGGGAAAAAAAUAGAAGAUUUCGCCCUCAUACCAAUUCUCCUCUAGGGCGCGAUAACGAGCAUCUGUUACCGUGACUAACAACAAACAAGAUGAGCGUCGAUGUGUAAUAUGUAAAUGUAUAUAUAAAGACAGUAUAUAUGUAUAGCAUUAUGUGUGUAUAUAUGCAUCAUAUAUGCAUAUAUAAUGUGUAUGUAUAUAUUUUUGUAGUUUAUUUCCCACCCUUGAGGUUUUUUUUUUAUGAUUUUGGGGGUUUUAUGUUUUAUUUCAAAUGUACAUAUUCACAUAACUACACGACAUAAUUCCAGAAACACUUAUUUUAUCCUGUGUGAGUACCAGAUCGAGUGUCAGACCAUGUAGACACAGCAGCUUCACAUCCUUUUACCUAAAAAGACUCCUUUAAUCUUUCUGGUACUUGCUGAUUUAAUCAAGCCAACUCAUCAAGCAACAAAAGAGGAUCGAGCAAACAAAACAGUUUGCAAAAAUUUGGCUCAGCUAAACUCACUUUCCUCAUUUGUAUGUGUGUGUGUGUGUAUUAUGGUUACAGGCAGCAGACCUGUAUCUACAAAUUCUUGUGAAUGUUGGAAUUUUAUUUUUUAUUUUUUUAACAACACAACCCCUGGCAUUCCUCACCACUGUCUUUACGUUUGGAAGGAAACCGCCACACUGCUGUGAUAAUGAUUAGAGAGAGCGCUUUAAAACCAACAAGCGGUGUUUUUAAGUUUUUAGUCUGGAUUCAGCUUCAGCUCCAAAGUAUAAACUGGUGAAUUUUAGGCUAAGAUAGAAAACUAUAUUUUACCAGAGGCCCUGCCUUUGCCUCUGCUCACACGGACUGUGGAUUUUAAAUCAUCGUAUGCUGAAUAUCUGAAGAUGACAUCCAUUCCAUGCAAAUCAGCUGCUGUGCGAUAUGAUUGAUAACCCAACAGUAGUCCUAAACAGAGGUUUUGCAUCAUAAUAUCUCCUGUGGCCUAUAGAAUCUCCAUCUCUCCUUUAGAGUUGAGACAAGCAGCUCAAGUUGCCCAUUAAAAAAAAAGUGGCGCUGAUGGAGAGAAGGGCAUCGCAAAGAGAGACAUGUCCUCCCCAAGCAGACGCUGUUUUCUACCUGUGAGCCUGUAAUGGUGCUGAGGCCUGUAUGGACAAAUGGUAGAGCGGUCAGUCGUUACAUGAGGAUAUUUAAAGGACCAUAAAGGACAGCGGUGACUCUGUUGGUGGCCUCUGAGGACGAGAGAAACAGAAAGAUGUCUGUCAAGAGCUCGCCAUGUCAUUUUUAUCCUUUUUUUUAUGUCUAAGUGAGUCCUUUCUGUCCUCGACACGGUGUGAACCGAGUGACUGCAUGGAACUGAAAUCAUGUUAGCCGCUGCAAAACCACACCAGUGCCACCACAAGCCUGUAAAAAGUAAAGAAGAAAAAAAAGAAAAAGAUUUUUUUUAAAGGGUUUAACACUUUCUUUUUUUUCCUCACCAAAAACAUGUUAUGAACUGUUAAAUAUUGCUUGUGAAGAAAGUACACUUGGUAGACAGAAAUGUACACUUAGUAGAGAGAGCUAGACAUGCACUCACAAACUGUAGUACCAAUGUAAACCAUCGAGCACAUGUGACUUAUUUACCCAUAGAAGUGCUAUCUCUGAGUAUUUUCUCAUCAUACAUCUUCAGUAAUUUUGGUUCCUCUAAAGGCUUAAUUAAAAAAAAAAAAAAGAUUGAACACAUAAUGUAUGUGAGUUGGACCUAUUCAUCAGCUGUCUCAGGUGCCUAUCUCUGAAUAUAAACAUUUGACCCACGUGGGCUGGGUAAAGGAGGGUUUGUGCUCCUGUGAGAUGUGGCACUAUUGUGUCUCCAUUCUGCCUUACGAUACCAUUCAUAAUAGAAGGUAAUACUAGCAUCGACUACAGUAAUGUUUUCCUCUGACUAUUCCUUUUUACACACUGAUCAAUAAGAGAGGUUGCUACUUAUUUUUCUUUGCCCAAUAGAAGCACAUUCUGAUACUAGUGAACACUAAAAAGCAUGCUUAUGGGAAACCACCGCGACCACAUGCAGCUCCAUACUGCUUCUUAAAGCGAGGCAUUUUACAUCACUUUUUAUACGAUUCUGCUUUCUACUACUACCGUACAGUUUGUAGUAUUUAUUUAGGUUCAGUCGGCUAUCAAUGAAACCCCUCUUUGGCAUACCGUGAUUUUAGUGACCUUCUUUUGUUUCUAAAUGUUUUAGCUGCUUCUACCUGGCUUUGCAUUAAUGAACCCAUUUUGAGAGAAUGUUAAAAAUAACAGUUUAGUUUUUAGCCUAAGAAUAUCUCUGAGGUGUGUAGGAUGUGAUAUGUAUUGCAUAUCAGUGUUGAGGUGUGUGUGGGGGGAGGGGAAGGGAUGGGACGGGACAAGGGAGGGGGGGAUGAUUUGGUGAUGUAUGUGGAUAACAUAUAGAUCUAAGUGUUACUUCCUCAUUUGUGCCAAUGUUAUCCACAGACCCUGAGCUGUGAACUUAAAACUAGUCAAUGUGACAAAAAAAAGUUUGCUCACUUUACUCAAGUGCCAGCCUUCUCCAUAUCCAUUGAUUUAAAGUCACGUCAGUAUCUGAUUUUUUACCCACUCUGUCCGAUUGAACCGGUGGACUUCUUAUAUCUGAAGAUGGGUUUUUGUAUCCCAAAGUGUCGUUAAGUCAACAGUUAUUAAGGUUUCUAUCUCAGUUAGCGGUCAUCAGACAUGCCCAUGUCAAAGAUGACAUGUAUUUAAAGGAAUAGUUUGAUAUUUUGGAAGAUGUUUAAUUUCUGGUGGUUUGAGGAGAAGCUCCACAUCACUUAUUUUAUCUGUGUAUUAAACAUUAAGCUACAACCAGCUGCCUGUUAGCUUAGCUUAGCUUAGCUUAGCACGAAGACUGGAAAGGGGGAAACGACUAGCCUGGCUCUGUCUGAAGCUCACUAAUUAACACCUUGUGGCUCAUUUGUUACAGAAAAGACUAAAAACACCGCACUAUUCAUUGGCUGGUAGCAGUAACUUUGUAAUCUCCUCUGGCUGCCUGGCAACUGGUCAGGCUCAUACCUGCACGCCACUUAGGUUUCUGUACAUAUCUAUGAAGCAGCAGCCUCUGCAGCUAAAAAAUGAAGCCAAAACCAGUUGCAGUUCACUGAUUGACCACUUAAAGGUGGCCUCAAGAGUGAGUCAAUCCCCUCAGACCCUCCAUGUUAAAAUGCCCAACUUUACAGCAGAAAUAAACAUGUUAACAACCUGGUAUAAACAACCGUUUUUUAUGAUUCACCAGUUAACAUUUUUUUAAGGCUUACAGUUACUUAAAAGUAAGGGUGGGCCGCUGAGUGGCAUCUUGGCCUCUCAGACAGAUCCACUCAUCGCUCCUCCACAGCUCCAGCCUCUCGCCCAAAUAUGGUCACUUCUCGUUUCAAAAAACCAAGAUGGCAACGACAGUAAUGCCAAUCAAAACAAGAGUCCGCAAACCAGUGGGUAAUGUCACAGUAGCUACGUCCAGUAUUUUUACAGUGUAUGAUACCUAUGGAGGACGAGCACAGCCAUGCUUAGAAUUUUUUUUUAAUGUCUUUAUCCGGAGAUCUCAAGUUCUUUCAUAAUUUUCAGAUGACAAAGCUUUUUUUCUCAUGAUAACUAGUUAUUAUUUCAAUUCUCAAGAGAAAAAGGGCAGACUUCUCGAGAUAAUGAGAUAAUUUCUGACUAUAAAACAAGUUGUUUUAUCGAGAUAGGCAAUCAAGUGUUCUGUUGUUUGCAUCUUAUUUUCUUUCUUGUAACGGAUUAUUUUAUCCUGCAAAAUUAGCUUUUUGUUUUGUCAAUAAUAAUAAUAAUAAACUUAAUGUAUAUAGCUUUUCAAGACUGUUAAAAAGUGCUUUAGAAAAUUGAAGUAACGAUGGGCAAUGAUUAAAAAAUGAAAAUAUUAAAAGCAUUUUAAAAUUUACACAACAUAAGACACAACCCAGUAUUACAAGAAAACAAGCUUCAUCUGAAAUAACAAUUUGUGAUCUUGAGGUAAUGGCACUGAAGAGAAUUGCUAGGACAGCCAAUCUUGGACUCCGUACAUAUUUGAUUAAUUACAUAUUAUGUGUUAAUUAAUUAGUGAGCUUUAGAGAUGAUGAUAAGCAGACAUUACCGUUGAACAGAGCUACGCUAGCCGUUUCCCUCUGUUUCCAGUCUUUAUGCUAAGCUAACAUAGCCAGCAGCUAGCGGUAGCCUUUUAAGUUACUCAUUAACAGACAGACAUGAAAGUGGUAUUUUCUCAAACUCUCCUCCAGAAUGCAAAUAAGUGUAUUUCCCAAAAUGUUAAUCUAUUCCAAUAAACCCACCCUGUUCUUUCAUAACGUUAUGAUCUGUGAGAAAUUAAAAAAAAAAAAUACACCAUAGCCCUUAACAGAUGAAAAAGGGGGAUUGUGUGUAUUACUGACAGUGAUAUUCAGCAGGCAGCCAUUUCCUCGCUCUGUGUGUAAUUCAGCAGUAUUAGCAGCUGGAACCUGGAAUAGUAACACUUCUACGUGCCUGUGCCGUUCACUCAUUAAUCAAAAAGGUGCUUGACUUCAUUUAAUUUCACAUCAUUGUUGUAUUUACGUGAAGUCUCCUCCAGUUUAUCCUCUUAAAUCUACAGCAGACAUGGAGCUGUUGAAUCAGCUUCUUCGGUGUAUCGUCUGAAGUACCAAGAUCUGUGACUUCCUUGAAUCAUUGGAGUGGUAUGUUUGGCAGUAGUAUUUUGGCGAUCAGUGUAAAUUGCCAUGUGUCACCCACAGUACCAAUGUCUAACUUCAAAGAGCAGAUGUUACGGCUGCAGUAUUACAAUGACUGCCAUUGCACGACCCUCCGAAUUUAGUAUCUGGAUAAAAGAAAUUGAGCAUCUCUGAUUCAGUGACACCGCACCACUUGAAUUAAUUACGUCACACGAUCACCACCACAGCACCGUCACAAGUAAUGCACUGCCCUUUGACUCUACAACCUACUGUUCUGACAUUUUGUUUUGAUUUUAUUUAUUGUUUUAUGUUUUAAGCCAGUAAAGACCAGGGACUUGGUGCCAUGAUACUUCUCUUACAGUGCUAUUGUGUGAAAUUAUAAUCACUUGUUAUGGAAUAAUUUUUAUAGUCUUUUUCACACCAGACCUUUUUUUUGUAUUUGUACAGUGGCUUGGUGAUACUGAUAUGUUGCCAUGAGUUAUUGUAACCAAUAAAAAGCUUCUAACCAAGAAUACAAA